AUGGAUAAAGCUGGAGUCCGUCCAAGUAAAAACUACAAAGAUCUUGUUGUUAAAGCUAGUGGAUAUGAGAAUCUUCCAUUUGGAGAGAAAGAUUGUCGAAAUUACAUUAAUAAAGUAAGGAAUAAGUUGCUUGGAGAAGGAGAUGCUGAAGCAUUGCGGAACUAUUUCAUGAGAAUGCAAGAAAAUGACAGCUUCUUCUAUGUCAUAGACCUCGAUGAAGAAAGCCGUUUGAGAAACGUGUUUUGGGCAAAUGCACAAAGUAGAGCAGCAUAUGAGUCUUUUGAAGAUAUCAUAACAUUUGACACUACAUACUUGACUAAUAAAUACAAGAUGCCUUUUGCAUCUUUUGUUAGAGUGAAUCAUUAUGGCCAAUCCGUACUUUUUGGGUGUGGAUUACUAUCAAAUGAGAAUAUCGAUACUUUUGUGUGGUUGUUCGAAGCAUGGUUGAAAUGCAUGUCAAGAAGAGCUCCUAAUGCAAUUAUAACUGAUCAAGAUAGAGCUAUGCAAGCUGCAAUUGCAAGAGUGUUUCCAAGAGCAAAACAUAGAUUUUGUUUAUGGCAUAUCAUGAGCAAGUUUCCACACAAACUUGGAUCACACUCUCAAUAUGAAAACUUUAAGGGUGCUCUAUUAAAUUGUGUAUACGACUCUUUGAAUUAUGAUGAAUUUGAAAAAAGAUGGCAACAAGUAGUUGAGAGUUACAAUCUUAAAGAAAAUGCAUGGUUUUGUCAGUUAUAUGGUGAACAGUAUCAAUGGAUACCAGCAUAUGUGAAAGAUACAUUUUGGGCCGGAAUGUCUACUACACAGCGAAGUGAGAGUAUGAAUGCCUUUUUUUGA